AGCCUUUUCUUCCAUCUGCCACCCAAUCACUGAUCCACUAGUAUCAGAUAAGCGUUCGUGUCCAGCUGAAAAAAAGGUCUAUUGACUCUUUAAUCGCUACGUGUGAAUUUUGAUGCCACGGUUUGCUACGGGAUGACCGCAUCGAAAAAUUCUCCAAACGUUGGUACUAUUUUGAUACCGUGAAAUCAGAUUGCAAUAGUGUUAGAGACAACAUUAAAAAAUGUCGAACCCAGUCAAGAAAAAGAAGAGACCUCCCAAGUACCUUGAGAAGAUGCUGCUCGUGAAUCACAAAGAGGACCAACUACUGCAGGAGAGGCUGGACCAUAUCCACAUCCGGUCGCGCACGCGUGAAAUGGAAUUAGAGCGAGAACGUAUCAAAGUUAGAGAUGAGUGGAAAGAAAGUAGAAGGAGACAAAUUCCCAAAGACUCUUUACCAGCACUUUCGCCUUCACAAAAUUCCCCGUUAUCAUUUCUACCACAAAGGAAAUUAGGGACUGUAGAAAAACCGAAAUUUAACCGAGCGACAUCAUUACCGGAUGGACGAGAUUCGGACAAUGUGAAUUCGUAUUUGUUGGGGGAAUAUCGACGCAUGUCGGAGGUUAUUCCAUCUAUCCUCUUAGCAUUAUCAAAGAAAGACGAGAAAAAGACAAAACUGGCACCGCCAUUUCCAUUACGGAAAAUAGAGGAGAUUGAACACAGGGAACAGGAGCCCGAUCUUCAUAGAAUCACGAAGCUAGCACGUUCUGUGAAGAAAAUGAGGGAGAACAUGUCUUUCCAGAAGAAAAUUGACAUGAAUAGACCCAGGUUGUCCUUGUCAAAAAUGUUUAAAGAUAUGCAUGAUCAUCGUAAUGAAAUUGACCAAUAUACUGAUGGGACUUGUGUUUUAUUGAAAAGAAAACUGGAAAAACGCCGGAGAGAGUCAAUGCCGGAACUGGACGUUAAUGUUUUACCCAUGCGCAAACUGUCAGACACAGGGGAAGCUUCCGCUUUUCACAAAUCACAGUCUGCUCCCGUGUUUAGCGUCUCCAGCGAUUCGACCGAUCCCACAACUAAUGAAGAAGCCGAGGAAACGGAUGUCUUUGAAACCAACCUGCUAGAAAACUUGCCAUCUCAGUGUGAACGGUCCAAGAGUCUGCAGUUUACUCCCUCCCUUCACAGACACCACACUAGUCUGGAAAAAAGAGGUACCUCAAGUGUAAGACCUCACGGCUACGUAGAUAAACGGAGUUCCAUCUCCGCUGGACUUACCCGGGCUCCUAGCUCGCAGAUGCAUCCUAAAAGACACUCCAUUCCCGCAGAUUUCAAUCCAAUACCUACACGACUUCCUAGGUUUAACCCACAGAACCCCAUACACCGUCCAAGUGUAUCCCAGAGGCGAUUCGAUUCUCAUACAAACACCGAAUUCAUUGACGAGGACGAACUCCGAUCUAAACAGAGAGUGGCCAUCGAACUUAAAAAAUUUGAAAGGAUUCAGCGAAAAGUAGAUCGCUUUUUGAUAUUUGAUAAAACUGAAAAACUUGGCUUAAAACGAGGAUAUACACUUUUAACGUAGUUUCCCCCCUGAAGAAUGAUUAAGACAAUUAAUCGUGAACAUUUUAUGAAUUUUCUGUAACCUGUAAACGACUGAAAGAAUUUUCAUGAUAAGGCCUUCCAUCUGUCACGUCGAUGUAGUGUCAGUCCAGGAUCACCGUGGUGACUCACCGAAGUUCAAGGCCGACAGAAUGUGUCACAAAAGCCGCCACAUAAUUUUAAAAUAUUUCGUCAUACUUCCAAACAACAGUGCACAAACAUAAGAAAUUAGUACAUUUCAACACUUGGUUAAUUUUAAUGACGCGGCGGUAAUUGUUGCAUUUUUUUUUGCCAACUGUGGAAUUUAGCAAGACACCAGUAACCCUGGAAUGGUUCUAUUUGUAUGAAUAUAUUUUUGAUACAUUACAUGUACUGUAAAUACUUAAUCAAUAAAAUGAGGGUCACGAGA